AUGGAGGGAAACAACUAUCUCGUGGUCGCGGAUCUCGGCCUCAAGCCAAUCCACGUGGCUUGCCUCCAAGGUGAUUUUGAAGGGGUCAUCAAGUUGGUUUCACAAUCUGAAGGCGUCCUCGAAUCGAUCACGGAGCCGAAAAUUGGUACGGAAUGGGGGCUUCGCGAAACACCCAUCAAGCUUGCCGCCCUUAUGGGACAUCUUGACAUAGUCGAGUUCUUUAUCCAGAAAGGCGUCAACUUAGUGUCCGACGGUUUAUAUGCCUCGUCAUAUACUAGAGAUGAAGGCUUCGCAAUGCGUAGACGAGAAUUCUUUCUUGAGACGGCCAAAAUAGGACGUGAGCAUCAAGAUGCUCAUAAUACACGCAAGGCCAUCUACGAUCUUCUGACCUCUCAAGGUCGCCGAAGCGUUCUUAAAUCAAUGAGAGGCCUAAGGGCUGACAUAGGUUUCCCUGAUUAUAGACUGGCAAAGCAAGGAAGCCAGAUCGUCGUAUAUGCUCCGGUCUAUCGAGUAAAAACCGACAUCCCUCUGGACAGAAGCAAGACUAUUGGUCUUAUAACAGCCAAGGGCAACAGCGAAGUUCUGAUGACCGCUCAUAGUGGUUAUAAGCCUGGAGGCGACCGUGAUGAGAAAUGCCUCGACACGAAUAAAUGGAAUUAUAUCGCUCUCCACCACAUUGCUGCCCUACUCAAGUUUCACUUCCCCGGAAACCAGCGUGAUAAUGGGAAUAAACCCGCAGAAGACGAACAUCGAGGCCGUGCACACGCCGGACACGUUGAAGUUCUCCUCGCGGCAUGGUAUGCGCUCGAGAUGACCCGAAAGUCAAGCGGGAAUCUGGAGGCGGACAAGGAUUGGCUUCUUGCCAAUAUGCAUAUGCUGAAGCAUGCGACACUUGGCAGUGCGCGCUCGGCCGUGAUCAUGAUCGAUUCACAACCAUGUGCCACAUGCCUAAAAUUCAUCAAUAGAAUCUUCCAGUAUACGGGCAUACACUUUUCCGUUAGGGGCGGGAUUGGUAUUGGCCCUACUCUUGCAACAAAGGACAAGAGAAGCGGCGCAAGAUGCGAUACCUUCGGCGACAUUUUCCCGGAAUCUGAUGGUGAAGAGUCUGCUGUCGUGGAAGAUGUGGUUCGGGUUAUAGGUGGCGUUCCCGCAGAUAGAGCAUGCCAGUCAUUCAUAGGGAUGUCAAUGGAGAGACAACAAUUGUCUCCUGUCCUUAACAACGACGCUGAUAUUAUUAUUCCUGCUACGAACCCCGCCGCCGCCAUGGAGCGAGCUAUUCCCAUCACACCCGCCCGCCCGAGAAUGCAAUGGCCUAUUCCUGAACAGAGAUCACGCUUCUUCGAAGAUCCAUUCUCUGAUAUACCAUCUCGCCGACCACCAAACCAUUUCGAAAUAUUAGCUGAAUACAAGAAGAAGACGCCGGUAUAUGAGUUCCCUGGGUAUGACGCUGUUAUGACGGAUCGUCACCCGCGCCAGCAGCAACCGCUUGCGACGCCUUUCAUUCUCCCAUCGGGAAAUCGAAGGCCGUCUUCUGCGGUACCGGAUGAUGCUGUACUCGUCGAUGUGGCGGAUGAUAGCGACACUGUCAUGUAUUCGUCCACAAGCAGCGAUAACGAGCCGACUCUUCGACGUUCUGUGGUCAACGUUAGUGCCGGAAAAAAGGAUAGUGAUAACAGCACUCCUCGACCUAAUGAAGCAGACUUUUCAUUCUGUAGCUUUGAGCCGAUUGCCGGCCACGAGAAUGGCAAUACUUCGAAAGGAGAGAAUCAAAGAGAUCUAGGACGCCAUGCUAAUGUCCACUCGGAAAGCGAAGGGGAAGGGGAAGAGGAAGAUUACUACUACGUGCCAAGGCAGUUGUCUCAUCGAUCUCGUCCUAGCGACGAGGAUAGUCUCGUGAAGGAACAGCAAGAAGAGAGGGAGAUAACCCCGUGCCCAGUCUCUGGACUAACCAAGCUUCAGCAGUGGCGUUACCAGCCGCAACCACGAGCCCGCCCUCAACUGUUGCAGCCAUGGCGUCGCGAGGGGCAGGCGGUUCAGCCUCAUAUAUACCCUACCAACCCUGUCCCGGAGCCGAUUUAUCUUGUCUCUAACAUUACCGAGGGAAUUUCUAGAGAGAAGCGUGAACAGACACAUGGAAGUAAGGGUUAG